AUGCAUGUAGAGCGUGACUGUCCAUACAAGAAACACACGUGUUCGUUGUGCAACAAAACUGGUGACAAAGAGGGUUUUGUCCCAGUCGCCUUUCAUCUACAGCAGGAUCCAGAAGGUCCACCUUACAAUUAUAUCUUCUUCAACCUGGAAGAUGAUUGGUUCUCCAAGGCUCACCCAAGUCACAUCAGUUUCAGCAGUCAGCUUUACCGGCGAUCCAGUUCCGUUGCAAGGGAACAUCUGUACAAAAGUGUUUUUGAGUAUGACCUGCCUUUGCAUCACGCCGAAACAUGUCGAUUCGAGUUUCGUGAUCCAUCGACUUGGAAUAGCGUGAAUCCCUGGCGAGAGAGUUUCCGCAUGCUGUAUCAUGGAUUGCAUGUCAGGCGCGGCUACGCUGAACUUUAUGAAAGGAGAAGUCGCAACAUUGUGCAUUUCGACCGUAUAGAAACCGCGUUGAGGUACGCCGAAGAUUUAGAUGAGCCGCUUAUCUUCAUUCAUAGCGGUGUGUACACUGAAGAAAUGAUCCUCGUUGAAGGGAAUGUGCAGAUUAUUGGCGCAGGUGAGUAUUCCCACUUUGUUUUUCCGUUCUCCCUUCAGAGAGUUAUACAGACAUCAAGUACAGCUAUGCUUCCCUCGACCUUUUGCCCAGAAAGCUCGCCUAACCUUACGCAUCACAAUCAUUAUGCCGUGGAGGUUACCGAUAAUUGUUCCCCUGUUCUUGACCAUUGCAUCAUUCAAAGCACGUCUAUGGUCGGCGCUGCCCUAUGCGUCCGCCGUCCUAACUCGAAUCCCAAGGUGCGCUUUUGCACUAUUUGCGACUGCGAGAAUGUCGGCAUUUAUAUAACCGAUUUUGCACAGGGCACCUAUGAAGACUGUGAAAUUUCUCAGAACUCGUUAGCUGGAGUCUGGGUAAAGAAUAACGCCAAUCCUUACUUUCGACGUUGCCAUAUCCAUCACGGCCGCGAUGUUGGAAUUUUCGUUUUCGAAAACGGCGUUGGUUACUUUGAGAAGUGUAGUAUCCACGGCAAUCGUAUAUCUGGAGUAGAGAAUGAGAUAUACAAUGGUCGCCAAGGUGGCGUCUACAUUUUUGGAGACGGACGAGGUCUUAUCGAAUGCAAUGACAUUUACGGUAACGCGCUUGCCGGAAUCCAAAUUCGCACCGGUUCUGACCCGAUCGUUCGCCACAACAAGAUCCACCAUGGUCAGCAUGGUGGUAUUUACGUUCACGAGAAGGGAAAGGGUCUCAUUGAGGAGAACGAAGUAUUCAGUAAUACGCUAGCAGGAAUUUGGGUUACAACUGGCUCAACGCCUAUUCUGCGAAGAAACCGUAUUCACUCCGGCAAGCAAGUUGGAGUCUAUUUUUACGAUAACGGCCAUGGACUGUUGGAGGAGAACGACAUUUUCAAUCAUCUUUACUCUGGUGUUCAGAUAAGGACAGGAAGCAAUCCGCAUAUUCGUCGCAACAAGAUUUGGGGUGGACAGAAUGGCGGUGCGUUGAUAUAUAAUGGAGGACUGGGGCUGCUGGAGGAAAACGAAAUAUUUGACAACACGAUGGCAGGCGUUUGGAUCAAAACUGAAAGUCAUCCGGUAUUGCGGCGAAACAAGAUUUUCGAUGGCCGUGACGGCGGUGUCUGCAUAUUCAAUAAAGGAAGGGGUACGAGCCCUGUUUUACAUGCAUGUUUUAGGCAGUACAUUUUUAGGUGCUUAGCUUUGCUUCAUAUAUAUAUAUAUAUAUAAAC